AAAGCCAGAUAAGAUUAACAUUGAAUUGAUUAAAAAAAAAAUUGUUUUAAUACAAAUUAUGAUUCCAUUAUAAUAUUUUUUGAUAAAUAUUUACAUCUGUAAGCUUUAUGCCUUAAUUAUAAUUGAAAAAUGGAAAUUUUGAAGUUAAGUUUGUGUAUAUUGGUGUUUUGUUUAUUAUUUGGGCAUACUCUACAGCAAACCCAAAUAGGCAAGAGCAAUCGACACACACAAUCCUAUGGGUUGAUUAUAUCAAAUUUUGAAGAAAACCUAUUACACCACGAGUGGGCGAACGAGGAACUACCAUGUCUCCAAAAGACCUUGGAUAUACUGAGGAAUGUAAAGAAUCAUACGCUUUGGGCUACUUGGAUUUGGGACUCGAUGCAGAGUCCAACUGGAGUGCUGUAUGGGACAAGAAACCAGUUCGGAAACAACGAGCAAUGUAUCCAUCCACCCUGGAUACACACACAUCCGGAACUACGCACACAGUACUGUCUAGCCGAUAUUAAGCUUUCUAAGAAGAGACAAAUUAAACAUGAGGACCCGUAUACAAACGCAAAUGAGUAUGUAUCUUCGAUGUCGAAAUAUAAAUUGGCCUUCAACAAGCUAACAUGGGGCCUGUGCCUUCCGGAUAUCUGUACGCCAAAUUCUAUAAAGAAGUUUGCGGAGACUUUCCUAAACAACAGUCACCUUGGGUUUGCGAUACCUGAAGUAACUAUCAGUAUAGAUUCCUGCCAAAGUUAUAAUGAAAAGACUGAAGUAUCGUAUGGAUACUACGCCACUGUUGCCUUUAUCGGAUCUAUGGUUCUGCUAACUUCAUUUUGUACACAUUAUUACGAAAAUCACCGCUAUGCGAAAGAAGAAACUCGGAAAAUCCUUAUAGCGAAAGCAUUUUCAGCAGUUGUGAAUACAGCAGAACUCUUCAAAGAGAAGAAAGAUGCGAUCUAUUCCCUCAAUUCGUUGAAGUUCUUGACAGCGUGUAUAUUAUCAUUUAUACACUAUACCAUUAUCUGUUUUGAAACAGGGAUAAGAAAUUUCAAAAGUGUAGAUGCCUUCAUAGAACGCUAUAGCCUGCAUUUAUUUUUUCAUUCAGACAUACUAGUUGAUAGUUGUAUAAUGAUAUCUGGGGUUUUGUUGAUGAACAGCAUCUUGUCGACUGAUAAGCCUGUUACUGUAAACAAUGUGAUUAAAAGAUACUUCAGGUUAACAUACGUACCGAUGGUUGUAAUAUUGUAUAUCACCCAAGUAUCAAAAUACCACAGUUCAGGACCGUUAUUGCAUAAGAAAUUAUUAUCUGAUGUUGAUAAUUGCAGAAACAAUUGGUGGACUGUUUUAUUGAAUGUGAACAACUAUGUAGACUUUAGAAAAGCUUGCUUGCCAAACACGUGGUCAAAUGCUUGCGACUUUCAUUUAACUAUAAUCGGUACAGGACUGUACUGGUUGUACCAACAAAAUAGAUCGCUCGGUAAAAAAGCUUACAUUAUAGGAGCACUUGCUUCAGUUAUGCUGCCGACUUUGGAAGCGUUUCGAUAUGGAUUGGGUCCAAUAAAUAUUAGUGAUUUGGAACGGUUUGGUGACUUUAUGGCCCAUCUAAAUACGGCGACGUACCUACAUUCACAUCUGCGGAGUGGGCCAUAUUUUAUUGGACUUGCUUUUGGUUGUCUACUCUCUACAUAUAAACCAGCCAAUUACAAGAAACUGCCAGUGAACACAUCAAUUACUAUACUUACCCUUGGAUCAGGGUUAGGUCUAUUUAUACUUAUGCUAGGAGGACAUUUAGCAUAUCAAAACUACAGUCCAUUCGAGGCGGCCUUAUAUGUGGGGACUAACAGGACUAUUUGGGCUAUUGCCUUGGGCAUCGUACUAGUUAGCUGUGAAUACGGUUAUAUACCACUUAUAUCUGAUUUCAUACACUGGCGAAUUUUCAUCCCCUUAAGCAAGCUAAGCUUUAGUUUGUACAUAACACACUGGCUUGUAAUAAAAAUGAAAAACUACAAUACAAUGGGUCCUGAAACUUGGGACCUUCCAUAUUUGGUAAUAGACUCACUGGGCAUAAUAACAUUUUGCUGUGUACUGUCUUAUUUGCUAUGGUUGGUGUUUGAAGCGCCUAUGAACAAUUUGGUAGCACUUUCACUACGAAUGAGAUCACAUAAAGAAAUCAAUGAUGGAACAUCACCAACAAUCGGAGUUCCAAACACGGUGAAGAAAAUAACUUGAAACAACAAAAAAAUAUGUUUAAUUUUAUAAACUACUUUCCAAAAACACC